AUGGCCUCCGCUCAACGUGAAUGACUACCCAGGUGCUCAGCUUUCCUGCUCGCCUUGUUCUAUGACAGGAGAAACGGCGCUCGGAUCAGCAUCAACAUGCGCACGCCUAAAUGAACGUACAUGUUCUAUCUCGGCAAUCGCGAAUGUUAGUCUUGCGGUCCGCAAGUAAGAACGUGGUUCUUCCUUCCACAUCGAUGCCUGGGGCGAGCGGUGCUCCGGCCGAAAUAGUCGACCUCGUCGUUGACUUUCUGCACGACGAUCGGGCCAGCCUGCUUUCUACUAGCCUAGUGUCUCGGCAAUGGGUUCCAGCAUCGCGUUGGCAUCUGUUCGGGCGGCUCGCGCUGCAUCACUUCAGAAAUGAGGUGGAUGGAAGACUCAUCAGCAAUGUAUCCGGGAUCCAGGCGCUCCUCCAGUCGCAGCUGUGCACAUUCGUGUCGAGUGUGAGAGGACUGUUGCUCAAUCUCGAGGAAGACUGGGCUGCAAAGGUUUUCGAUGGGCUUCACUUGGCACCGGUCCAACGGCUCAUCUUGGUGGAUCACACUGAAGCCCGAAUGAAACCGCUGAAGAUGGCCUGGAUUGCCGAGACGUUUCGUGGGAUCGAGGAGCUGGUCUACAACGCGCUGGAUCGGUUCUCAGGAGAUGUGUUGGAAAUGGUCGUGCGCCUUCCGAAGUUGCGCGUGCUCUGCCUGUAUUCCAGAGCCAAAGAGGGUGGUGCCAAGGCCAUUUCACAUGCAGGGUCACUGCCGCUUCUGACGUCAGACAAGUUUUUCAAGUGGAUCCUCACGGCGCACGAUCUUUCUGGCCUUCAUACACUCGAUGUCACCUCGCUUCAACCAAGUCAUUACGGAUGGGGCCCCGUGCAGGCGCUGAACAAAUUAAUUGCCCGGACGGGAUCCCAGCUGCGCCAUCUUUCACUUGCCAUCGCUUAUGAAGACCACCGGUCAACAUUUGACCGCCGCUGGAUGCUGCGCCCUUCUAGUGGCUCUGUCAAUCUCGGGCCCCUGACCAACCUAUCGACACUGAAAGUGGCCAUCCACGACGAGAUGGCGCUAUGCGAUCUUCUUGGCACAGUCGCGCCGGGAGUGCUCGACAACCAGACGCUGACAAUGUCUUUCCUCCGUUGGCCGUACCGCUCUCGGUUCCGCUGUCCGUGCCACUUUUUCGCAAAAGUCGAGAAGAUUAGUGCGACCUUGCGUCUUCCCGCGUUCAGCUAUCUCUCUCGGGUCGAGAUUCUCAUCUCGUCCUUGUUUGAGAACGAGGAUCGACAGCGGGUACGAGAAUGUUUCAUCAACCAAUGCGCUAGCGGUGCUUUGGUUCUGGGAUUAAAUGAUGGGCCUGGUGACUGCAGUCGGUGGCCGGAAAACUCUUGGGAGAGGCUUCAGAUGAACUUGGGCCAGGCGCAGCAGCCGCUGUCAUUUUGGCGGCGAGUUUAGAGACCGACUGGCGUUAACAAUUCUUUCGUGACGUGUAAUCUACAUCGCGUGUGCACUCUGUCAUUCAUAUCUAUGGGAGCGGUGUAAGAUCCUUCUCAGUUGACCGACUGAGAGCCGGGUCCCAGCCUUGGCAUCUCUAACCACACUCCAAGCCUCUUUUUGGAAUCGACGGGCAAGAAUCCAAUUGAUCGGAUGGGCACGUCAAGCAUAGCCACCUGUCAACCCAGUUCCCUUCAGGCUUGUCUCGCCUCUGCGACUAUCCAUGGCGGCCGAGCGAGCAUCGGCAUUGAGCGAUCCUGACAAGGACGUUCCAGUACCUACUGGUCCACCUCCCCCAACGAUAAAAUUCUCAUGGCGCAAUACUGUCCCGUGCCCACGACGAGUCUAUAUCACGGAUACAGCACAAGCCGAGAUCGAAAUGUCCAUAUUCCAGGGCCCUUGCGGGCUAGACAUCGAAUGGAAACCGACAUUUGUCAAGGGAGGUGCUGAAAAUCCUAAUCUGAAGACCUUCUUGGAGGACCCCUUGAUCGUGAAAGCCGGAGUUGGGAUCCAAGGAGAUGCAACGAAGAUGUUCAGAGACUACAGGGUGGAUAUUCGGGGCUGUGUAGACUUGUCCUACCUGGCGAGAACGGUCGACAAUGCACGAUGGAAGGGAUCAUACUCUCAACCCAUCGGUCUGGCUCGUCUGAUCGCCACAUACGAGGAUCGGCUCCUCGUCAAAGGCAAGAUCACUCGCAGUAAUUGGGAGCGUAAUCAACUCAGUGUUGAACAACAAGAAUAUGCGGCCAACGGCGGGUCUCGGCCUCGCUCCACAGCUUCCCCGCGCUUACGAAUAAGAUAGAUGCGCACGCGGGUCUCGUCCUUUUCAUGCGAUUCUUCGGCAUGUUGCCUGCAUUGCCGCACACCGUGAACCCGAGUUGGUACAGCUUUCACACCUUUCGUGGACGUCCCUGCGAGCUUUCCGGGAUGACAUGGGCGCCGUUCAACCCACAGUAUGACCCAGGUCCACCGCCUCCACCGAAACCACGAAAG